UGCACCCUCCUUCUAAAGAAGAUCACGUCAAAGCUGGAUAAGCUGAACUGCGAUUUCCUAUGAGGCUCUUCGACUGAGAAGAAAAAACUCCACUGUAUCAGCUGGGCCACUGUCACAUUGCCAAAAGAAAAAGGAGGACUAGGCAUCAAACAAAUGCAUCUACGUAACAAAGCUCUACUGGGUGGGCUCGCAAUACAAACCGCGGAUGAAGACUCUCCCUGGGCCAGAUUAUUGAGGCAUCGUUUUGAUCGACGAUUCACUACGAAUUUAUGGAAAGGAUCGCCAAAUAGUUUUGCUUUAAGAGCAGGUCUAGAGGUAUGGGAGUUGGGCAGGAAAUGGCGAAUCGGGGAUGGAUCACUGGUGAAUUUCUGGGACGACACAUGGGUGGGUACAUCACCUCUGAAGAAAAUUCUCAGUGGGCCUCUUCCACAAGGGGAACAAGAAAUGAAGGUCAGCACUAUUAUUUCGAAUACAAGGGAAUGGGAUCUCAACAAUAUUCCUACUGACAUCCCUACCCAUAUAACAAACAAGAUCAAAGGAAACUCAGUAACCGGGUUGACGAGAUCAGACCAAGACAUGUCUAUCGAGAAUCAAAUGUGUGUGCAGACACAUUGGCCAAGAGAGGCAGACGACAGAUUGUCCCUCUCAUCAACUACUCUUAUGUUCCCUCUUUUUUAAGUGUUGCGUUUUCUGAUGAUGUUAGAUAGGUUGUUAUACCUCGUACUGUGUUAGACAUAAUGGUUCCUUAAUUAAUGAAGAUCUUCCUUUCGUUACCCAAAAC